CGCCCCUAGCCCGGGCGGCCGGGAUCCUCGCAGCACCCCGCGGCCACCGCCACUCGACCAGCCAUGUCUCUCAGCGGAGCCUCGGAGCGCAGCGUCCCGGCCACCAAGAUUGAAAUUACCGUGUCCUGCCGGAACCUGCUAGAUCUCGAUACCUUCUCCAAGUCCGACCCCAUGGUGGUGCUUUACAUGCAGAGCCGGGCCAGCCAGGAGUGGCGGGAGUUUGGACGGACCGAGGUGAUUGACAAUACGCUGAACCCAGACUUCGUGCGCAAAUUCGUCCUCGACUAUUUCUUUGAAGAAAAGCAAAAUCUGCGCUUCGAUGUGUACAACGUCGAUUCCAAAACCAACAUCUCCAAACCGAAGGAUUUCUUGGGACAAGCGUUCCUGGCCCUGGGAGAGGUGAUUGGAGGCCAAGGCAGCCGAGUAGAGCGAUCUCUCACGGGUGUACCAGGCAAGAAGUGUGGGACCAUCCUUCUGACUGCAGAGGAGCUCAGCAAUUGUCGGGACAUUGCCACUAUGCAGCUGUGUGCAAAUAAGCUGGACAAGAAGGACUUCUUUGGGAAGUCAGACCCCUUCCUUGUAUUCUACCGGAGCAAUGAGGAUGGCACGUUCACCAUCUGCCAUAAGACAGAGGUUGUGAAGAACACUCUGAACCCCGUGUGGCAGCCCUUCAGCAUCCCUGUGCGGGCACUGUGCAAUGGAGACUAUGACAGAACAGUGAAGAUUGAUGUAUAUGACUGGGACCGAGAUGGAAGUCACGACUUCAUUGGCGAGUUCACCACCAGCUACCGGGAGCUGAGCAAGGCCCAGAGCCAGUUCACAGUGUAUGAGGUACUUAACCCGCGGAAGAAAUGCAAGAAGAAGAAAUACAUCAAUUCAGGAACCGUGACACUGCUCUCUUUCUCCGUGGACUCUGAAUUCACUUUUGUUGAUUACAUCAAAGGAGGGACACAGCUGAACUUUACCGUAGCCAUUGACUUCACUGCUUCAAACGGGAACCCCCUGCAGCCUACCUCCCUGCACUACAUGAGUCCUUACCAGCUCAGCGCCUACGCCAUGGCCCUCAAGGCAGUGGGAGAGAUCAUCCAGGACUAUGACAGCGACAAGCUCUUCCCAGCCUAUGGCUUUGGGGCCAAGCUGCCCCCAGAGGGACGGAUCUCCCACCAAUUCCCCCUGAACAACAAUGAUGAGGACCCCAACUGUGCAGGCAUUGAGGGCGUGUUGGAGAGUUAUUUCCAGAGUCUGCGUACGGUGCAACUCUACGGGCCCACCUACUUUGCUCCAGUCAUCAACCAGGUGGCCAGGGUCGCCGCCAAGAUCUCUGAUGGGUCCCAGUACUACGUGCUGCUCAUUAUCACUGAUGGGGUCAUCUCCGACAUGACACAGACCAAAGAGGCCAUCGUCAGCGCCUCCUCACUGCCCAUGUCUAUCAUUAUUGUUGGUGUGGGACCUGCCAUGUUUGAGGCAAUGGAAGAGUUAGAUGGCGAUGAUGUGCGUGUGUCCUCCAGGGGGCGCUAUGCAGAGCGGGACAUCGUCCAGGUAGACCUGACCCCCGGCAGUGGAAGAAGUUUUUAAAGUCAUGGAAGUACAUGAAAUCAUCCAGAAAGAGCUGAGUGGGACAGAAACAGGAAUAGGUUCAAAGAAUAGAUACACUCAGAGGCAUAAGAGUAGGGAGUGGAGAGAAGCUUCCAGAAAGGUAGAAGAAUAAUCAGAGUGGUAGUGUCAAGAGUGGGAUAUGGCCGGGCCUGGUGGUGCACACCUUUAAUCCCAGCACUUGUGAGGCAGAGGUAGGAGGAUAGCUGUGAGUUGGAGGCCACAAUGAGACUACAUAGUGAAGUCUAGGACAGCCUAGACUCUGCCUUAAGAAAACAUAAAAAUAAAAUAAAAUAAAAAGAGUUGGAUAUGGGGCUGGGGAGUAGUGUAGUGGUAGAGCACUAGCCUAGCAUGCACAAGACUCUGGGUCAAUCCAAAAGACCACAAAUAGAAUCCUGGCAUGAUGACAACUGAAGAUUAUGGUCCACUGCACUGACUUAGCCUCAUGGCUAUUGAAGACAUUAACAAGUGCAAAUUCAGAACUGUCAAGCCAAAUCAAAAUGGGUUCAGCUGAAUAGAAGGUGGGAGGAAAAGAGUGCAGAGAGGCCAGUUGUGGUGUUGCACGCCAGUAGGAAACUGGUGAAGGGGCAGAGGCAGGAGGAUCAGGAAUUCAAGAGUGGAGAGAAACAGAUGUAGAAAACUGUUCAAGAUUAGAGAAUAAGGCUAGUGUGAUAUUUGGAAAGAGAUGUUGGAAAGAGAUAUAGGGAAUUUAAAAAGCUACUUAUUGGACUAGAGAGAUUGCUUAGUGGUAAGGCACUUCCCUGUGAAGCUAAGGACCUAGAUUCGAUUCCCCAGUACCCAUGUAAGCCAGAUGCACAAAGUGGUCUGGAGUUUGUUUGCAGUGGCUACAGGCCCUGAUAUGCCCAUUCUCUCUCUCAUAAAUAAAAUAUUUGUGAAAAAAAAAGCUACCCCUGCCAGACAUGGGGGCACUUGUCUUUAGCCCCAGCACUCAGGGGGCAAAGGUAGGAGGAGUGCCAUGAGUAAGAGGCCAACCUUAAACUACAGAGUUCCAGGUUAGCCUUGGCUAGAGUGAGAUCCUACCUCAAAA